CUGUCAUUCUGCGCUGCGCUGUCAGUUCAACUUGGUUCGUGAUCAAAAGUCGCUUCAGAAAAAAAUAAGUGCAAUUUUCGCGUUGAAAAAGUGCUUCCCGGGGGUACAAAUCUAGUGAACCUUUGACCAGUCCGCACUCUCGGAAUUCCGGCGCAACCCGUUGCAUUUAUCCUUUGGCCCGCGUGCACAAACUUCCGAUAUCUUAAACUAAACAACCAAAAUGUCUGCUCCUGAAGGAUCCAAUGGUUUCCCUAAAAUUCCACCCCCGCCGCGUUCCGGUAGCGUCCAGCCGACCGGAAGUCAGGCCAACGGCCAGAAUGCCACCGCCGCCAACAACAAGCUGAAGCAGACGCAGGCCCAGGUCGACGAGGUGGUCGGCAUCAUGCGCGUCAACGUGGAGAAGGUGCUGGAGCGGGACCAGAAGCUGUCGGAGCUGGACAGCCGGGCGGACGCACUGCAGCACGGGGCGAGCCAGUUUGAGCAGCGCGCUGGUCAGCUCAAGCGGAAGCAGUGGUGGGCCAACAUGAAGAUGAUGAUCAUCAUGGGCAUUAUCGGCGUGGUGCUGCUGAUUAUCAUCAUUUUGUCCAUCAUUUACUAAGCAAGAUCCGUUCUGCGUUCCAUAGUAACGGUGUUUUUCUCGUUAUUUUCCGACGAUGAAAGAGAUGAAAAAAAGAGAUCCGCACACAACACAGCAUAAAGGCAGUAAAACAUUCGUCGACCCUUUCCUCAAAAAAAAAAUCGCACAAAAUUUUCCUCCCACCUUUUUUCGGACAAUCCACAAAUCCUUUAGGCAGAUUUUGGUCCUCUCCCAAAAAUAAAA